GAGAGAGAGAGAGGAGCCUAGUUCCACAGUGACACACACCUCUUUCUCUCUCUACCCUCUCUCUCUUUCUCUCUCUAACUUCCACUGUUUGCUACCAGGUCGAGCUUAGCUUGGUCUGUGUUCCCUAUAAAAAGAAAAAGGUGUAGACCUUGUGCAUCUAUCUUUUUCUCUCGUCGUCGACAGUGAUUGGCCACAGCAAAAGCUUCGAGCUCGGUCAUGGCGGUGUCGGAGGACGUGUGGUGUUCAGAGCUCGGCUGAUGUCAUCAUCACUCACUCCCUUUCGCUUUUUAGGGUUUUGAUUUGCUGAAUAAAGCUGAGCAAGUACUGAAAUUGGGAAUCCCCAAUGGCUUAGGCUUUGCAUGUGGCUUGGGAUUUCCAAUUGUAGGGCCUGAGUUGGUGUUUUUCGCUGUUAUAUAUCAAAUGUAUGUGAAUUGCUCGGACUAGCAGAGCGGAGCUUAAUUGAAGAGAGGAGGAGCUUGCUGAAGACAAGGAAGACAAAAGUUUAGGGCUUGAGAUCAUGACAGCCAUAAGUGUGGGUUUUUGAGCUGAAAUUUUUAUACUAUAAUUGAUUGUAAUAUAUAUAUAAAUAAAGAAAUAUGAAGCUUUCAACAUCAGGGUUUGGUCAGCAAGCUCAUGAAGGGGAGAAGAAAUGUCUCAAUUCAGAGCUAUGGCAUGCCUGCGCUGGCCCUCUUGUGUCUUUACCAACAGUUGGUAGUCGCGUGGUCUACUUCCCUCAGGGUCACAGUGAGCAGAAUUGGAAGCCAGGUUGCUGCUACAACUAACAAAGAAAUUGAUGCGCACAUACCCAACUACCCGAAUUUGCCGCCCCAGUUGAUAUGUCAACUCCACAAUGUGACAAUGCAUGCAGACGUGGAAACAGAUGAAGUAUAUGCUCAAAUGACCUUACAGCCCUUGACAUCGCAAGAACAAAAAGAUACAUAUAUUCCUGUCGAGCUGGGGAUUCCAAGCAAGCAACCAACAAAUUAUUUCUGCAAGACAUUAACAGCAAGUGAUACUAGUACCCAUGGAGGGUUCUCUGUUCCUCGUCGUGCUGCAGAGAAAGUUUUCCCUCCUCUGGAUUUCUCUCAGCAACCACCUGCUCAGGAGCUUAUAGCAAGGGAUCUUCAUGAUUCUGAGUGGAAGUUUAGGCAUAUUUUCCGCGGACAGCCAAAACGGCAUCUUCUUACUACAGGCUGGAGUGUGUUUGUCAGUGCCAAGAGACUUGUUGCUGGGGAUUCCGUUCUUUUUAUCUGGAAUGAGAAAAAUCAGCUUCUUUUGGGAAUUCGCCGUGCUACUCGUCCACAAACUGUGAUGCCGUCGUCUGUUCUAUCAAGUGAUAGCAUGCACAUUGGACUACUUGCAGCCGCAGCUCAUGCUGCUGCAACUAAUAGCUGUUUCACCAUUUUUUAUAAUCCAAGGGCCAGUCCAUCUGAGUUUGUCAUACCCCUUUCGAAGUAUGUGAAAGCUGUAUUUCAUACACGUGUUUCUGUUGGGAUGCGCUUUAGGAUGCUUUUUGAAACUGAAGAAUCAAGUGUCCGCAGGUACAUGGGUACAAUAACUGGCAUUGGCGACUUAGAUCCUGUACGUUGGCCAAACUCUUAUUGGAGAUCUGUCAAGGUUGGCUGGGAUGAAUCAACUGCAGGUGAGAAGCAGCCAAGGGUGUCAUUGUGGGAAAUUGAGCCUUUGACCACUUUUCCCAUGUACCCAUCAUUGUUUCCCCUCCGGCUGAAACGGCCUUGGUAUCCUGGAGCCUCAUCUUUUCAAGAUAGAAGAGAUGAAGCAGCUAAUGGCAUGAUGUGGUUCAGAGGAGAAACUGGAGAGCAAGGACUCCACCCCAUGAAUUUUCAGUCUGUUGGUAUGUUACCCUGGAUGCAGCAGAGAGUGGAUUCAACCUUUCUCGGAAACGAUCUCAAUCAGCAGUACCAGGCCAUGUUGGCAGCUAAUUUGCAGAAUUUAGGAAGCGGGGAUUCUGCGAAACAGCACUUUAUGCAGCUUCAGCAGCCUUUCCAAUAUCUUCAGCAUUCAGGCAACCUUCCAAUGUUGCAGCAGCAGCAAUUAAUGCAGCCGUCAAUCCCUCCGCAUAUUCUUCCAACACAAAACCAAAUGCUGUCAUCAGAGAACCUGCCUAGACAUCUCCAGCAACAAGUUAACAAUCCACCUGAAGAACGUUCGCAGCACCAUAUUAAUCAAGAGGCAUUUCUCAGUCGAAGUGAUCAGCUGCAGCAGAGGCAGCAUACCGAUUCCUUAUCUCCAUUUCCAAAAACUGAUUUCCCAAAUUCAAGCCCAAAACAUUUAGCGUCUAUGAGUCCUUCUGUACAAAACAUGCUGGGUUCACAGUGUCUUGAGGGGAGUGGUAAUCUUUCGAAAUUCUCUAGAACUGGUCAGUCCAUGAUCAGUGAGCAGCCAUCCCAACAACCCUGGGCAUCAAAAUUUGCACGUUCACAGUCCAAUAUUUCUGCCAACUCAGUGUCACUCCCCCCUUAUCCUGGGAACGGUGGUACUGUGGAGCAGGAAAAUUGUAACUUGGACUCCCCAAAUCAUGCUCUUUUCGGUGCUAAUAUUGACUCAUGUGGACUCCUACUUCCAACUACAGUAUCAAAUACUGGCACUUCAAUCGAUACUGAUGUUUCCUCGAUGAGAUUAGGGGCUGCAGGUUUUCAGAGUCCUCUGUAUGGUUGCACGCAAGACUCUUCUGAGUUGUUGAAUGCUGCAUUGCAAGUUGACCCACCAAACCCCUCAUGUACAUUUGUGAAGGUUUACAAAUCAGGAUCGGUUGGACGGUCACUGGACAUAUCUCGGUUCAACAGCUAUCAUGAGCUGCGAGAGGAGCUGGGAAGGAUGUUUGGGAUUGAGGGAUUACUGCAAGACCCUCAAAGAUCAGGCUGGCAGCUUGUAUUCGUUGAUAGGGAGAACGAUGUGCUUCUCCUUGGAGAUGACCCGUGGGACGCAUUCGUGAAUAACGUCUGGUACAUCAAGAUACUCUCUCCCGAGGAUAUGCACAAACUGGGAAAGGAAGAGUUUGACUCAUUCAACCAUAAUGCCGGUGGGAUGAUGAAUGCCAGUGGCAAUGAUGUUCGAGAUCUUGUUUCAGGACUACCAUCUUUGGGCUCACUUGAAUACUAAUAAUGGCAAUGAGCGACGUGGCAAUAUUCCCACAACAGUUUGCUGCGAAUAGUAUUUCCAGGAGUCAGACUUCUUUCUUUAUGCAUUUUCUUGGUGUGCCCACCGCUACUUAUUUCCAAUGCAUUGUUUAGUGAAGUGUUUUUCACAGCACAUUAAUUCUUGUGUAGUUAUUCUAAUGAACAUGAGAAUCAUGGAUUUAUAUGUAAUUAUCAGACUUGGAUAUAAGAACUAGAAGAUAAAGACCAUAUGUAUUCAACCUAGAAAUUUAUCUAAAACUAAACCGUCGAAUGUUGUUGUUGUAAAA